AUGCGCAGGAGGCAACGAAGUUCUAGUCCUUUGGCGCCCAUAGACCCAGAGCUGGAGCGCACCCUUGCUCAAUUGAGGAGGGAAAUUAGGGAUAGUGUGGAAAACCCUUUCCAAGAGGAAGUUAGUAGCUCUCCUACUCCUUCACCCUCUUCUAGUGAGGAUCGUGAAUCAUUUGCAGGUUUAACUCCCAACCCAUUUGCCCAAUACCAUAAUCAACAAAGCAUGGGUGAUCAAAGGUCACUAAAGCAACUUGGAGCACCCGAACCUUAUGCCUCACAAAGUGGGAUCUUAGCCCCCACCACUCAAGCGAACAAUUUCGAGAUAAAGCCUAAUUUCAUUUCAAUGAUAGAGAAGAGGCAAUUUACCGGUGGGAAAUUUGAGAAUCCCCAUGAGCAUCUCAAAGAAUUUCUCAAGUAUUGUGACACUAUCAAGAUCAACGGGGUGUCCCAAGAGUACAUAAGAUUGAAGAUGUUUCCGUUCUCACUCAUGGGAGCGGCGGAACAUUGGUUGAACAAGGAUGUUCCUCCCGGUUCCUUCACGACUUGGAAUGAGGUAACUACGGCGUUCCUAGGAAGGUUUUACAAUCACAAGAAAACCGCCGAGGCUCGCUCAAAGAUUCAAAGUUUCCGCCAAAGAGGUGGAGAGUCUCUUUGUGAGGCAUGGGAGAGAUUCAAAGAAUUACAAAGGCAAUGCCCACACCAUGGGAUUCCUAAUUGGCAAGUUCUCCAAACAUUCUACGGAGGACUCUCCCCUCAAAGUAAGACUAGCCUUGAUGCCGGAGCCGGAGGCCCAAUCAUGAACAAAAGGGAAGAUGAAGUGGAGAGUAUCAUAGAAGAAGUUGUGCGCAAUUAUGAGGAUUGGUACGAAGGUGAGAGGGAAGCCACUUCUAGCAAAGGAACGGUACAUUCCGUCGAGCAAACCAAUGCCAUCACAAAUCUUUCCAACCAAAUGGCAAAGAUGGCGAAACAAAUGGAGGAGUUCAUGAAAUCAAGUUCCCAAAAUGCUUCCUCCCCUUCUCCCAAGGGAGGCCAUGGUAUGAAUCCUUCUACUUCUUCUCCCUCUAAUUACAAUGCCAUGCCUCCUGGUUGUAUGUUUUGUGAUAUAUGUGGAGGCUAUGAUCAUAAUUCUCAACAAUGUAUGUCCAUAAGUGAAGGUCCCCCUCCCCAUGAAAAUGAUGAUAAUGUUGAAGAUGUUAAUGCCAUGAAUUUUAAUGGGAAGAUCCUUGAGAGUGAACUAAAUGUUGAGAAGAGUCCCGAUGUGAGGAUAGGACUUGAGGUUGAGGAUGAAUCAUCAAGAGAGAAUGAGAUUCUAGAGGGAAGUGCCGGAAAGAAUGAGAGGGAUGUAGUAAAGAGCUUGCAUGUUUCUAUACCCUUUGUGGAUGCUAUGAAAGAGAUGCCACACUACUCUAAAUUCCUAAAAGACCUCCUGAAUGGAAGGAGAGAAGUUGAAACCGUUAGCUUAACCGCAAAUUGUAGUGCUAUUCUCUCCAGUAAGCUACCAACUAAAUUGCAAGAUCCCGGUAGUUUUUCCAUCCCUUGUUCUAUCAAUGAAGUUCAUUUGGGGAAAGCUUUGUGUGACCUAGGUGCUAGUGUGAGUUUAAUGCCUUUCUCGGUCUACCAAAAGCUUAAUGUGGGAAACCUUUCACCUACAAACAUCACCCUCCAAUUAGCAGAUAGGUCCACAAAAUUGCCUAUAGGGAAAGUAGAGGACAUACCCCUUAGAGUCGGUAAGUUCACUUUUCCGGUGGACUUUUAUGUUCUUGAAAUGGAUGAAGAUGAAAGAAUUCCUAUAAUCUUGGGUAGGCCAUUCCUAGCUACCUCUAAAGCAAUUAUUGAUGUCAAAGAAGGCAAGAUGACCUUGAAGGUUGACAAUGAUUCUAUCGAAUUUGAUUUGAAUAAGGUGAUGAGACAACCUUCCUCUGACAAUGAAUGUUUUAGAAUAGAUACAAUUGAAAACUUGAUGAAUGAGUUUAGAUACCCUUAUAUGCAUGCUUCUAAUGAUCUACUUGAGAAUGUUUUGUUGAAUGAGAAUGAGGUAGGUGAUCAAAAGGAGAUGCAAUUAUAUGAGGAAAUGCUUGAUAAGAAAGAAGAGACAACCCCCGACCAAGAGAUGCCCCAACCGUAUGAAGUCUUCCAAGUAGAAGAGGAGGAAAUCUCCAAUGGUAAGGUAGCUCCGAAGGUAGAAUUGAAACCUCUACCUUCGGGCUUGAGGUAUGUCUUUUUGGAUGUUAAUGAUACUUUUCCGGUCAUUAUCAAUGCUAACCUCACGGAAGAGCAAACCUCCUCAUUGCUUAAUGUUUUGAAAAUGCAUAGGAAGGCUUUGGGUUAUACUCUUGAUGAUCUCAAAGGUAUAAGCCCCUCCCUAUGCAUGCAUAAGAUCGAUUUAGAGGAGGGUGCUAAGCCGUGUAGGCAACGGCAAAGGAAACUUAAUCCUUCCAUGCAAGAGGUUGUGAGAAAGGAAGUUUCCAAGCUACUUGAAGCAGGGAUCAUCUAUCCAAUCGCUCAUAGUGAUUGGGUAUCCCCGGUUCAAGUAGUGCCGAAAAAGGGAGGUAUGACGGUAAUGAUCAAUGAUAAGCAACAAUUGGUCCCAACUCGGCUUGUUACGGAAAGGUGUGAGAGUGCCAACUUGGUGCUCAAUUGGGAGAAAUGCCACUUCAUGGUGGAAAACGACAUUGUUCUUGGCCAUAAAAUCUCCCAAGCGGGCAUCGAAGUCGAUGGUGCGAAGGUUGAUGUGAUCGAGAAGCUUCCUCCUCCCACAAAUGUGAGAGAAGUGAGGUCCUUCCUUGGUCAUGCCGGCUUUUACCGCCGCUUCAUCAAAGAUUUCUCUUUGAUUGCUAAGCCUCUCACAUCUCUCUUGCAACAGGAUAAAGAAUUUGUAUUUGAUGAAGCUUGUCAUGAGUCAUUUUGCAGGUUGAAAAAGGCCCUUUGCACCGCCCCCGUAGUCCGAGGACCGGAUUGGUCUCUACCAUUCGAGCUAAUGUGCGAUGCAAGCGACGGGGCCAUUGGAUCAGUUCUGGGACAAAGAAAGGAUGGGAAACUUCACGUUAUAUACUAUUUGUCCAAGACUCUCAAUGAUGCCCAACGAAAUUAUACAACUACCGAAAAAGAGUUUUUGGCGGUUAUCCACUCAUUUGAGAAGUUUAGAACCUACCUCAUUGGUUCUAGGACAAUAGUGUAUACCGAUCACUCGGCUCUCAAAUAUUUGAUAAGUAAGAAGGAGGCCAAACCGAGGUUGUUGAGAUGGGUGUUGGUCCUUCAAGAUUUUGAUUACGAAAUGAGAGAUAAGAAGGGAGCCGAGAACGUGGUGGCGGACCACCUCUCUAGGUUAGGAGCUGCAAGAAUACAUGAAGACGAUUUGCCAAUUGAAGAUGCCCUAAUGGAUGAUGUCUUAUAUGCUCUUGAGGCAAAAUCGGAGCCUUGGUAUGCGGAUAUUGUGAACUACUUGGCUUGUAGUGCCAUACCUCCGGAUUUCACUCCUCAACAACAUAGAAAGCUCAAGCAUGAAGCAAAGAAGUAUAUAUGGGAUGACCCCAUGUUGUUGAAGAGAGGGGUGGAUGGACUCUUGAGAAGAUGUGUUCCUAAUGUAGAAUUCCAAGAUGUGCUCUCAAUGUGCCACUCAUCCCCUUGUGGUGGUCAUAUGAGUGCUCAAAAGACCGCUUCCAAGGUUUUGCAAUGUAUGCUCUUUUGGCCGUCUCUAUUCAAAGAUGCUUGGCAAUUUGUUAAGACUUGUGAUAGGUGCCAAAGGACAGGGAACAUAUCACGGCGCGAUGAGAUGCCCCAAAAUCCUAUUCUUGAACUUGAAAUCUUUGAUGUUUGGGCAAUUAACUUCAUGGGCCCUUUCAUCUCAUCCCAAGGAAACCGGCACAUUCUAGUUGCCGUUGAUUAUGUCUCCAAAUGGGCGGAAGCCGUGGCAUCUCCCACCAACGACUCAAGGGUGGUCAUCAAUUUGUUCAAGAAAGUCAUCUUCCCAAGAUUCGGUGUUCCUAAGGCUAUCAUAAGUGAUGGAGGCUCACACUUCAAGCACCAUGCAUUCAACAAGCUUCUUUCAAAGUACGGUGUAUCUCACAAGCGAGGCCUUGCUUACCACCCCCAAACAAGUGGUCAAGCGGAGGUCACAAAUAGGGAGUUAAAAGUCAUCUUAGAGAAGACUGUUGCUAGAACAAGGAAGGAUUGGUCCAAGAUGGAGCACCGAACGCAUUGGGCAAUCAAGCAAAUCAACUUUGAUCUCCACAGUGCGGGUGAGCAAAGGCUUCUAGAGCUUCAUGAGUUGGAAGAGCUGAGAAUGAAUGCAUAUGACAGUGCAAGCCUCUACAAAGCAAGAACCAAGGCAUGGCACGAUGCUCGAAUUUCCAAGAAGGAAUUUGUGGAAGGACAAAAGGUCCUGCUCUACAAUUCAAGACUCAAGCUCUUCCCCGGGAAAUUGAGAUCUAGAUGGAGCGGUCCAUUUCAAGUGUCCAAAACCUUUCCUUAUGGCUCGGUUGAGAUUUUCAAUGACAAGUACCCUCCAUUCAAAGUGAAUGGGCAGCGUCUCAAGCCAUACUAUGAGGGUCAGCUAAUUGAGAAGCCAGAAAAUUUAUCUCUCAUUGAUGUUUCCAAAUCACCAUGA